CUGUUGCAACAGUAGUUCAUUUUCAUAACAAGUUUUAUUUUAGUAGUAUCUACUAACUAAAGUUUCACGUUUUAAAACUACGUGUUACUUUAUUAAGUUGUUUCUUUAGUGUUCUACUAUUAGGUAGUUAGUGUAAAAUGUACACCUUUAUCUAGACUUUGGCAAUGGAGCGUUUCCCUCUUAAAGCAACUAAAAUGGCAGCUACAUAUCAAUCUGUUUAUAAAAAGGGUAUUAGUCAGGGAAACGGUCACGGGGACCCAAGCGGAGAGGAUGACAUGGUGAACAUUAAUACAGGGUCGCAGCGCGCGGCCGAUACUCCUACCACUCCCACUAGCCAUGGUACCUUCCAGUUAUAUGAACACGGCACGAGAUACAGCGACGCGAGUGCUACAUCAUACAUCGCUCAAUACUUCAGUUCGUCGUCCGGGGACGCCGUGAUGUUCUCUGGGCUGCCAGGUGAAGCAGAUGAUAUUCCUGGUAUCGGUCAGUAUGAAGAUUUCCACACAAUUGACUGGCAAAGAGAUAUUGCCAGGGAUCGUAUGCGUCAUAGGUACAUUGUGAAAAAGAGGCAAGACUCCAUUUGGGAUCUUAUAAAAGGUGCUCAUGAUGCAUGGUCAGGAUGGGUGUGCGUUCUUCUAGUGGGUAUUUGUACUGGUGUAGUAGCCGGUGUGAUAGACAUUGGCGCAUCUUGGAUGACAGAUCUUAAGUUUGGCAUCUGUCCGCAAGCCUUCUGGUUCAACAGGGAACAAUGCUGUUGGUCCAACGAUGAAAUCACUUUUGAUCGCGAGAAUUGUUCAGAGUGGUUGACGUGGCCCCAAGUAUUUGGAGAAUCCAGGGAUGGUCCGGGCGCUUAUAUUAUCAGCUAUUUAUUCUACAUUGUGUGGGCGUUAACUUUUGCGGCUUUGUCUGCUUCACUUGUCCGUAUGUUUGCGCCCUAUGCAUGUGGAUCUGGUAUACCUGAGAUCAAAACAAUCUUGAGCGGUUUCAUCAUUCGAGGAUACUUGGGCAAGUGGACAUUGAUCAUAAAGUCAGUUGGUUUGAUCUUGUCCGUGUCUUCGGGCUUAUCUCUCGGCAAAGAGGGACCUAUGGUUCACAUUGCUUGUUGUUUGGGUAAUAUAUUGUCGUACUUGUUUCCAAAGUAUGGGCGCAAUGAGGCUAAGAAGCGUGAAAUUUUAUCAGCCGCUGCGGCGGCCGGAGUCUCUGUCGCUUUUGGAGCGCCAAUUGGUGGCGUUCUCUUCAGUCUUGAAGAGGUGUCGUACUACUUCCCAUUGAAGACCCUUUGGCGUUCCUUCUUCUGUGCGUUGAUAGCGGCCUUUAUUCUCCGUUCUAUAAAUCCAUUUGGCAACGAGCACUUGGUACUUUUCUACGUGGAAUACAAUAAACCUUGGAAAUUCUUCGAACUGAUUCCUUUUGUUGGUCUCGGUAUAAUUGGGGGUUGCAUAGCAACGAUAUUUAUCAAAGCGAACAUCUAUUGGUGCCGUUACCGUAAAUACUCGAAGUUGGGUCAGUACCCAGUCAUGGAGGUUUUAGUUGUCACGUUAGUCACUGCAAUAAUCGCCUAUCCCAAUCCAUACACGCGUAUGAACACCAGCCAGUUGAUUUAUUUGCUCUUCAAUCAAUGCGGCAUCUCCAACACUCCCAUAUGCGACUACAAACGCAACUUCACCGAUUUGAACACGAUAGAGAAUGCGGUGGCGGGUGACGGGGUAUAUCAGGCCAUGUGGCUCCUCACUCUGGCGCUGAUCCUCAAACUGGUGAUGACAGUCUUCACCUUCGGCAUCAAGGUGCCUUGCGGUCUCUUUAUCCCGAGUCUCGCACUGGGUGCUAUUCCCGGAAGGAUUGUCGGAAUCGGUGUGGAACAGCUCGCAAACAAGUACCCAAAGAGUUGGUUGUUUUCUGGGGAGUGUUCGAGUGGGGACGACUGCAUCACGCCAGGGCUUUACGCCAUGGUCGGGGCAGCGGCCGUCCUCGGUGGUGUGACACGGAUGACAGUUUCGCUGGUGGUGAUAAUGUUCGAACUGACGGGUGGCGUUCGGUAUAUCGUGCCCCUGAUGGCUGCGGCAAUGGCCUCGAAGUGGGUGGGAGAUGCCCUGGGCAAACAAGGGAUAUACGACGCCCACAUAGCUCUUAAUGGGUAUCCCUUCCUCGAUAGCAAAGAUGAGUUCCAGCAUACGUCGCUCGCCGCUGAUGUCAUGCAGCCGAAACGAAACGAGACGCUGUCCGUAAUCACGCAGGAUUCGAUGACGGUAGAUGAUGUGGAAACUCUCCUAAAAGAAACUGAACACAACGGAUAUCCGGUUGUGGUGUCUAAGGAAUCUCAAUAUCUUGUCGGAUUCGUUCUUAGGAGAGAUCUUAACUUAGCCAUUGCGAACGCGCGUCGCACCAUAGAAGGUAUAACGGGUCAAUCCGUGGUGGUAUUCGUUGUCGGGGGCGGCCCCGCGCUUGUGAGCCCCACGGGGCCGCCUCCUUUGCCCCUGGCCCGUAUACUCGAUUUGGCCCCGAUCACAGUCACGGACCAAACACCAAUGGAGACCGUGGUGGAUAUGUUCCGUAAACUGGGCCUGAGGCAGACGCUCGUCACGCACAAUGGGCGUUUACUCGGCGUCAUCACGAAAAAGGACGUUUUAAGGCACGUGAAGCAAAUGGACAAUGAAGAUCCCAACUCUGUUCUUUUCAAUUAGACGAGUCUUCUUCGAGGCACGCGUGCUUUCUCUGUCUGUAUUCUUAAUAGAACCUUUCAAAUCCGUAAAAAAAGUAAAAAUUGUAAUCGAAUUAGUAGAUGUAUUACCAACAUCAUUAGGUAGCGAUAUAUGCUGAUAUACGUGAAAUGUUUUAUCAUUAGUAUAUAAGGAUACAAUUGAUAUUAAAUUUUGAAUUUAAACAUCUGUGUUUUGAGAAAGUACGGAGAAUUCGUGCGUGCGUAGAGCAUUUUGUCCGUGCGAAAGGAGAACGACAGAUUUAGCGAGUUUUUAAUUUAUACAUUUUAAAAUGUAAUUUUCCUUUCGCACGAACUAUAUAAGAUCUAUUUAAAAUGUAUAAGUUUUUAUCUGUAUAAUGAUUUUCAUAAUUUUUAUAUGUGACGUUGAAGCAUGUGUGCAUGAGUCAUGAGAGCUUUCUUUGAAGCUUUGUCGUGUAAUGAAAGCAGGGUUUGAAGAAUUUGAUCGGAAUGUGUAUAUUGUGGUUUUUAAACAAGAUUUGAAUAUACUAAUGCGCUGG